AUGCUGCCCGUCAUCUACGCGGUCCUGGCGGGGGUGCUGCUACUGCCGCUACUGGUGAACCUCUGCUCCCCCUACUUCUUCCAGGACGUGAGCUACUUCCUGCGGUUGGCCAGGAUGGCCCGGCAGGUGCGCAGCUAUGGGCAGCGCCGGCCGGUGCGCACCAUCCUCCACGCCUUUCUGGAGAGAGCACACCAGAGCCCGCACAAGCCGUUCCUGAUCUUCCGCGACCAGACGCUCAGCUACGUGCAGGUGGACCGACGCAGCAACCAAGUGGCGAGGGCGCUGCGCGACCGCCUCGGCCUCCGGCAGGGAGAGUGCGUGGCGAUAUUCCUGGGCAACGAACCGGCCUACGUAUGGCUGUGGCUGGGGCUGGCCAAGCUGGGCUGUGCCAUGGCGUGCCUCAACUGUAACAUCCGCGGCAAGUCCCUGCUGCACUGCUUCCAGUGCUGCGGGGCGAAGGUGCUCCUGGCCUCGCCAGAACUACAAGAAGCUGUUGAAGAGGUGCUGCCAAGCCUGAAAAAAGAUGGUGUGGCCAUCUAUUACGUGAGCAGAAGUUCUAACACCGAUGGGGUCGACUCUUUCUUAGACAAAGUGGAUGAAAUGUCAACUGAAUCCAUCCCAGAGUCCUGGAGGUCGGAAGUGACCUUUUCCACUCCUGCCUUAUACAUUUAUACUUCCGGAACCACAGGUCUCCCGAAAGCUGCAAUGAUCAAUCAUCUUCGCACUUGGUAUGGAGCCAACCUUGCUGCUACCAGCGGGAUAACGGAGAAUGACGUAGUCUAUACCACCCUACCCUUGUACCACAGUGCUGCGCUUUUGGUUGGCUUACAUGGAUGUAUCCUGACUGGUGCUACUGUUGUUUUGCGGUCCAAAUUUUCAGCCAGUCAGUUUUGGGAUGACUGCAGAAAAUAUAACGUCACUGUCAUUCAGUAUAUCGGUGAACUGCUUCGGUAUUUAUGCAACUCUCCCCAGAAACCAAACGAUCGUGACCAUAAAGUGAGAAUGGCAUUGGGAAAUGGCUUGCGAGGAGAUGUGUGGAGAGAAUUCAUCAAGAGAUUUGGGGACAUUCACAUUUAUGAGUUCUAUGCUUCCACUGAAGGCAAUAUCGGAUUUAUGAAUUACACGAGAAAAGUCGGUGCUGUUGGAAGAGUAAACUACCUACUGAGAAAAGUCAUAACUUAUGAGCUGAUUAAAUAUGAUGUGGAAAAAGAUGAACCCGUUCGAGAUGGAAAUGGAUAUUGCAUCAAAGUUCCCAAAGGUGAAGUCGGACUCCUGGUUUGCAGAAUCACACAACUCACACCAUUUAGUGGCUAUGCUGGAGGAAAGUCUCAGACAGAGAAGAAAAAACUGAGAGAUGUCUUUAAGAAAGGAGACCUCUAUUUCAACAGUGGAGAUCUCUUAAUGAUGGACCACGAAAAUUUUAUCUACUUCCACGACAGAGUUGGAGAUACAUUCCGGUGGAAAGGGGAAAAUGUGGCCACCACUGAAGUUGCUGACAUAGUAGGACUGGUUGAUUUUGUCCAAGAAGUGAAUGUUUAUGGCGUGUCUGUGCCAGGUCACGAGGGUCGAAUUGGCAUGGCUUCCAUCAAGAUGAAGGAAGACCAUGAAUUUGAUGGAAGGAAACUCUUUAAGCAUGUGGCCGAUUACCUGCCCAAUUACGCAAGGCCCCGGUUUCUAAGAAUACAGGACACCAUUGAGAUCACUGGAACUUUUAAACACCGAAAAGUGACCCUCAUGGAAGAGGGCUUUAACCCUGCAGUUAUCAAAGAUGCCUUGUAUUUCUUGGAUGACAAAGCAGAAAUGUAUGUGCCGAUGACUAAGCACAUUUACAAUGCCAUUAAUGAUAAAACUCUGAAACUCUGA